ACAAGUUGCACUUUUCAUACUUUAAAAGAGCUGUCCCAUUAUACUUGGUUAUAAAAGAAUUAUACAAACUUAUGGGUUCAAGCAAAGGGCAGAGUGCGAAGAAACCUAGCAAGAAGAAAAAAUCAAAAGGAGAUGAAGCAUUGAAACCUCCUGUGAGUGGUGCAGCAGAAGUGAGUGAAGAAGAGUUUGAUGAGGCUCAGGCUUCUUCCUCUACCUCUAAAACCUCACCACCUCAUGGGAAUGGAAUUACGGGAGAUGUUACAGUUGGGGAAGAUGUCCCUAACAGCCCCCAACUGCUCGAGGAUAUGCCUGAACCAGAUUCAGCUAAACCCAAGUCUGUUACCUUCGCUGACCUCUUCAAAGGUAAUAGAGAUCCUGAGCAAGGUAUGAUUCUCAAGCAAUAUGAGGUGGGUGAGGGUGUUCUUGAUAUUCCUGAUGAGAUGAUUAAGCCUAUCGAAGAUAUAUGGGGGUAUUGUCUCGUGUGGUGCUUUACUGGUAGAUUUCCUGGGUUGAAAGCUGUGGAUGCCAUUGUACAAAGUUGGAAUGUUCCGUGUAGAAUUAUCCCCCACUGCAAGGGCUGGGUUGUUCUUAAGUUCGAGAAUGACAAAGAUAGAUAUGAAUUGCUAAGAAAAGACAUUAGCAAAGCUUACGGGAAGGAGUUUAGGCUCAAAAUACCUAGCCAUGGGUUCGUGUUUGAUUUCGCAGAGUUUACCACCCUCCCUGUUUGGGUGCAGCUCCAUAAUGUCCCUAUGCAGAUGUGGUCUGAUGGAUGUAUCGGUAUGCUGGCCUCUAAAGUUGGGAAACCACUUAGAACAAACUUAGUCACUAAACAGCUGGGCAAAGUGGGUUUCUGUAGAGCACUUGUGGGUUUCUCCAAGGAACCAGUUACAAAGUUCAAGGUGGCAUGUAUGGGUAAGAAAUAUACCCAGGUGGUCGAAUUCGAGGAAGAACCAAAGUAUUACUUUCAUUGCAAGACUUGGAACCAUGGUCCAUUCUCUUGCAGGAGUUUGGAAUUAAAGAAACUCAAAGAGCAAAUUGAUCUCAAUAAGGCUGGAGCUCAUACUGUGAAGGAUACUGUGUUACAGGCCGAGGGGGUGCAAAACACUGACAAGCCUAAUGAAUGGGUUACUAAAGGGAGACAGAAUAAGGGCUUUACUGAACCACCUGAUGGACACAUUACAUCUCCUUCCUAUACUACUAAGGAUAAUGCUCCUAGGGGUGGAAAAGGUGUUUUGACCCUAGUUCCUAACACCUUGGGCAAGAAACCUGGUACUGCUGAUGGGGUUGGGAGGAAGAAGAGUGAUGUUGGAGAAGCAUUGGUUGGGAAGAAAGCUGGGCACAAAAAAGGUAGAAAGGGUUCAGACCCUCCUCCUUGAUGAAUAUUCUUUGCUGGAACAUCAGAGGGCUUAAUAGGUCCUCUAAACAAAACUUUUUGUGUAAAUAUUUUUGGGAACUUGGUGUCCAUUUUGCAUGCAUCCUUGAGACUAAGCUUUCAGGAACCAAGUUGGAACUUUUUGUCAACUCCAAACUCUCAGGUUGGAAGUAUUCCACCAAUUUUGAUACUAUAACUGGGGGUAGGAUGGCUGUUUUGUGGAACCCACUUCUUUUUUAUUUUGCUGUACUGGAUGUAGGAGAUCAAUAUAUCCAUUGUGAUGUCAAGUGCCUUACGUCUCAGAAAGCCUUUUCCAUUACCUUUGUUUAUGGACUUUAUACUGUCAUUAGCAGAAGAGAGCUUUGGAAGAAACUAUCCUCUAUUGCUGAUUCCUUAGCCAAACCUUGGGGUAUUAUGGGUGAUUACAAUAGUGUCCUGGCUGCCAAUGAAAGGAUCAACUGCUUGAGCCUCAAUCCCUAUUAUAUGACUGAUUUGCUGCACUUCAGAGCCUCAAAUAACCUUUAAGAUGCCCCUUCUAAAGGGAACUAUUUCACUUGGCAUAGUGGGAAGAAACUCGCCAAACUUGAUAGGGUCCUCAUUAACUAGAGAUGGGGGGAUAUUGGACUGGAACCUGUUGCUGAUUUUAUGGACUUUAACUUCCAUUCAGACCACUGCCCAAUUAUGCUUUAGAGUGGUGGCCCUGUUCUUAGAAAAGCCAAGGCCUUUAAGUUCUUUAACAUGUGGGUGAAGCAUCAAGAGUUUCCAAACCUGGUUGAGCAAGCAUGGCAACCUUGUGUUCUUAGAUCCAAACAAUUCAUAAUUUGCUCUAAACUUAAGUCCUUGAAGCAACCUUUAAAGGCCCUGAACAGGAAUGCCUAUGCUCAUAUUUCCAGCAGGGCAUCUGCGGCCAAAGAAGAGUAUGGACUCCUUAUGAAAGACUUUGUGGCUGAUCCAAACAACUAGGAACUGGAGGAAUUGAUCAAGGCCAAAAGGAAGAUUGCUAAUUUCCUUCUUGAAGCAGAAUUGGAUUUCUUUAAGGAAAAAGCUAAGUGUGACUAUCUCGUUAAGGCUGAAAAGAGCACUAGCUAUUUCCACUCCUUGGUGAAGAAAAAUAGAAGGAAAAAUGCUGUUCCCUUUAUUAUCAAGGAGGAUGGUUCCAGGACUACCUCAUCAGGUGAAGUAGCACAAUGCUUCCUUGACUUUUAUACUGAACUCUUUGGCUCUUCC